AUGUCUUCGAUUUACCCCGAAGCCGUCAACUGCCAGCAAGAUGAGCAAGCCUUUCUAUCCCGUGCCGCCAGCUACAACCAUCUUCCCGACCUGGCCGCCGCCGAGUCCUGCCCUCCCAGCCUUCGAAGGACCUUUUCCGAUCUGACAUAUCCAAACCAUUCCGAUUCGCCGUCCAAGGAGGAUGUGGCGGCCGGGAAAGACAUCUUGCGACGCACCUCCCUUCGUUCGAAAGAGAAGACCACCAUUGCCGUCUCUCGGUUUACCGUGUCGAGCGAGGACUUGACCAACCCCGUGGACGGAGAACCCCUGGACCCUCCCGCCAAAUCCCCGGAAUCCUCGUUCCCAGAGACGCCGCCUGUUGCGGAGGCGCAGACCGCCGAGACACAGCCUCCAGAGGUGCAACAGGUCUCGGAGACGCCAGCAGCUCCGGAACCCGUCACCCGCCCCUCCAAGGCGCGCUCGAUGUCCGGCAGGCUCGCCAAUUUGGCCCGGAAACCUUGGACGUCCAGCUCGGGGUAUCGCUCGCCCGCGCCGUCCGCAAAAAACGCUCGAGUUAAGGCCUUGCGCACCGAGGAUCCGUCGUCACCAAGCUCGCAACCGUCAUCUCCAAAGACAAGCACUCAGCUCGAUUCCGCCCCGGCACCCGAUCCCGGCACCCCUUCUCGCAAGCGAACCAUUCUGAACAAGCGCCCUCGGCGUCCGACGGUAGCGGUCGUGACGCAGAGCCGGGGGGACAGCCCCAGCACCCCUAGCAGUCCGUCGCCUCAUCCGCUGGCGACGAAGACAUCGCUUGAACGGCUCACCGCCUCCUUGAAUGUGUCCACUCCGGUGCUUCCCCCCAUGCCCAAGUUGCCGCCCUCGGUCGCCCACGCCCACGCGGGCAUUGAUGUUCCGCGGAAAAAGGACGAGCUCUGGGCGGUCUUCCGUGGCCUCGAGGCGGAUUUCCAAAAAUUUCAAGCCAAGUCCAGUGCUUUGAAAGCCAAUGUCAUUCGCUCAUCACUUCUUCCCUUUCUUAAUCGUAAUCAUUCAAAUCCAUCCUAUAAAUCUCUACGGCCCGAAGACCUGGAUCGUCGGGUGAACAUACUCAACAAGUGGUGGACGGGACUACUGGAGAUGCUCAAUGGCAAACACAAUCAAUCCAUCUCAGGAACGGACCGGCCGGUCUAUCUCGAGGCUGUGGUUGGGAUUAUGACCCGACCAGAAUGGAGGAUUCCAUUUCCCGUCCCCCCGUCCGACGGACGGUCGCCCAAACCGCUGCAACACGCCUCGACGUCCAUAUCCGAGAGCUCGGAAGGCUCGUCGGGCUCCGACUUCCUCGUCGAAUCAAUCCAUCACAACAUCCGGAACAUAUUCACGCAAAACCUACUCUCUCAGAUGUCUUUCGUGGUGGAGCGGAUGUCCAUGAGACACGCCCCCGCCAGCCUGGUGGCUUUUUGCGGCAAAGCCUGCGCCUAUGCCUUCUUCUUCUGCCCCGGCGUCGCGGAUGUCCUGGUGCGAUUGUGGAACACGCCGCCCAGCGUCUUUCGGCGGAUUUUUGCCCAGUCAAAUGUCGACCGAAGCAGCGCGACGCGCGCGUUCACCCAGGACCUUGCAUUGAACUUCCCCCUGGCUCUGCGACCGUUGGCUUUCCAUGCACACACACAUUUGGUCCGAUAUCUGCGACAGAAGCCCGACGUGCCUCUGAGCACGGCUCAGUUGCCAUGGCAGAGCCCCUGGGUCUCUCGGUGGUGUGGUCGUGACUCGGAUCUAUUCUUCGUUUUCAUCAAGUAUAUACACAUCUUGUAUGCCGAUGCCUUGCCUUCCGAUAUCGAUAAAGGGCAGCGGCUUUUGGCGCCGGGAUUGCUUCCGGUUCACUCCCAACUUCUUGUCGUGCUCGAAGACACUUUGUACAAACAGUCCAUCCCGCAAGCGCCGGAGAACACGCACACUGCCGCUGCUAUUACGUUCGACGAUUUUAUCGAAGGGGCCGAUGCGGCCGUCUCGGCUCUUCCUCUGGGAGGGGCGAACAGCCACCGUUCAAUGGCCGAGAAUCGCUUGGUCAUUCUCCUUCGAGACUUCCUCUCCGAGUCUUCUGUCGAACCGAAGCAGGCCCGGCUUUUGUAUGCGGAAUCGUUCUCCACCAUCAUGAAAACGGCGGCUCAGAUGACGUCGCUCUUUGACCAUAAUGCAUGCUUCUUGCUGUGUGACUUUGUUGAAGAAAUCGUCCCCAUCAUGACUCGUUACUCGCGCACCUCGACUGAACCCGAUAUUUUUGACUGGAAUUUCUGGUUGCAGGUUUGCAAGCAGAUGGUUCAAAGCCACAAUUCACUGACCGAGGUGCGGGUAUUCUCGUUCCUCUUCGCCAUCUGGGGCCCGUGGACUGCUUCUGAAGAGCGAAAGAGUGAUCUCUGCCUUGGCUUUCUCUUGCAUGAGCCUUUGUUUUUCCAUUAUUUCAAUCACUGGAGUCCGAUGGUUCGUGCCUAUUUCCAUCGUCUGGUGUGUUGGAGGCUGGGGCGAUUUAAUGGAGACCCGAGUCCUCUUGAUUCGAAAAUUUACGAGACGCUCUCGGGUCGACUGCAUCGGAUUUGGCGAUAUUUUCUUGCAUUCCAAGCCGAAGCCGAAGAAUCGAUGGCCGCGCCGCUGUCUUCUGCUCCCUGUACACCAGCACCGGGGCGUAGGAUCAUUAUCAUCCGAUGUGACAAUCCUUUGUCUCCAGCAAAUCUAUUUGUAUCUUUCGACCGUGUGGUCCCUCCUGUCCCUGCCGAGCAGAACAUAUCCAUCAACAACAGCUUACCAAAGACCGCCGAACCCACGCCAGCUCCUGAAAUCCCUCCGCCCCCAAAGAAACGAUGGAAUCUCCUAAAAGCCAUGUUUGGUGCAUCAUCGAGCACUAAAUCUAGCGGAGAUACUUCGCCGACGAGCAGUUCCGAUGAGUCUGACACCAGUGGAUCUGACACCACCGUGACGGCCGACAAGUGCUUGGAUGGCCACUGGCGCCCCCAAAAUAGCUCAGGGGAGCUCGCUCGGCCCAAAACCGCCCACCAGCCUUACUCCUUCAAAUUUUCUCUCGAGUGGAUGGAUCGACCCCAAUGGCCCAGUCGGAACAAGCGUCUGUACAGUCCCUGUAUCCCAGUUGCAGCUCAGCUACACCUACAACUCCGGAACUCAACGGCCAAAUCCGACGACUCUGAAUCGACCUCCGAUUCCGCAUCCGCCAGACAAGCCGAGGACGAAUCAAAGACGGUGGACGACAACGUCAGGGCCGAAUCGGACUCGGCUUCGGCAUCUGAAAAAGCAACCGGCGAGCCAGACCUGAAGCUUGCGCUCAAGGAUACUCUCGUGGCAAGCAAGUACGCGGGCCGUGCUCUUGCCGAGUGGGCACAAAUUGUGUCCGAAUGCGACAGUUUCUUUUCUCGCAGGCGUGAUGAAGGUGUUCCUUGCGAUCGAAUGGUCGAAACCCCAACGCUGGGCGUGGAGAGUUUCAGGAAGUGA